AUUGCUGACAUUUUUUUUUCUUCAUUUUCACGAUCACGACCUGUUCCCACGUGCCUGGUUGUCUCUUUUCGUUUUCUGAUCGAUGACUUGAGAACGCGCGGCGCCAUCUCGUUUAUCGUCCGCAAAUCACAAGCACUACCUGUCGAAAAACAAAUGUAAUAUUGACAAUGUCUUCCGCGAGCGCUUGCUCCCGUCGUGCGGUGUUUGCCGCCCGGUUUCUGCGUCCUCCGGGCUACAUCAAGCGCGCCAUCAUGCGCGAGAAGCCCCGGGAUUGGACCGGCGCCUUCGAGAACCCGGGUCGGCGGUGGGUCCGGUUGCGGGAAAAGGCAAAGCAGUUUUGCCAGCUGCCCCCACCACGGAAGGUCCCGGUGCCGAAGUUUACAACUUCUACUACAAGUAGUAGCAGCUCGUCUGCUUCUGGUAGUGCGAUUUUGCGGGACGUGGAGCACGUGCCUGACGUGGCUGAUGAAGUAAUUGUUGAGGAAAGAAUGUACGACAACGACGAUUUUUCAACUUGGAGUUUCUUCCAUGAUGCAAGCAAAGACCAGAAAUAGGUUCUUGACGACGUAUGGUAUAAAUAAUGAUGGUGAUCACGGAUCAUCGGAGAGGCUUAGUUCUCGAUCCCGUCCGCAUGGUAUGAAUUUCUGGAUCAGGAUAUUCAAAGAGAAAGGAGUCAUCGUCAAAGCAAUCUCUCCGUCUUCCCUCUAACUAGGUCCUCGAGCGGCGCCUGCAGUUUUUACUGGGCGACCAGGCGAUCCAAGAGCAGUUGCACGCCCCGAUGGUCGCCGGCGCGACGCCCUACGCGGUGGAGAGCCGCGUCUGGGAGCGGCAGAUGGUAGAGCUCCGGCGGAUCUACCGGGCCCAGUACCUACGGAAGCUGAUAUGGAUUGCAAAUAUGUCUGGGUCUGGAAGAGAGCAAGAUUUGUCAUGCAUAUUUCUCAUGGCCCAUGGUGCCUGUAAUGUAUGACCUAGCAUCAGAGACUUUUCGAGGGCUUCCUGAUGCACCUUCCGCAUGAGAAAUGCCCGGUCUGCGUAGCACAAACUGGACCCCCCUGGCCGGUCAUGCAAUACAAAUUUUUUUCGAAUCCAAAAACAGCAUGACAAGUUUCCGGACCCAGACACUUUUGUAUUUGAUAGCUGAGCCAGGUGACCAAAACCGAGCGGGCAAAGGAGGAGGAACUGCAAGACAGCGAACGGCGGCAGCGGCGUAUCCAAGAAAAAAACUGUGUUAGUGUAAGUCUUUUGGGAAAACAGCAUCACAAGUUUGUCUGCCAUCACAGGAAAAACUUGUUAUGCGCAGAUAGGAAGGGAAAACACAUAGGAAGCGAGCCGAUCAUGCAUGUCGAGCAUGACAAGUGUAACUGAUUUGCAUUUUCUGCAUCACAGAUUUGCACUUACAUAGUUUUUUUCUUGCAUACGGCGCAAGCGCAAGCUAGAAUUGCUGAAGAAGCAGUGCGAGGACCGGAAACGCAGGGCGAUCUUGAAGGACCGACUGCGCGUGGACAGCAAGGUGAACCAAAUGUUUCAGAUGCAGCGCCGAAGCAAAUUGAAGCUGCGCCGGCUUUCCUGGGUGGACCGCCUCGCGCAGGCGUCGGAAAAAAACGUGGUGGACAAGCUGACGCCGGUAUCAUGAGGAAAAAUGCCCCCUCCCCAUAUCGAAACGAAGUUUCUGAUGCUGGAUUUCCAUACACAACUCAGAUUUGUCCUGCAGUAGAGGAAUGCAGGCAUAUUUCAAGCCUCAGCCGAGAGGUUUGACGUAGGCGCCUAGCAUGACAAACGUGUAUGCUCUGAGGCAAACAGCAUCACAAACCGGGUGAAAAAUGCGGAACGCUUUCUGGAUUUGCCUUCUUGCAAGACAGACAGGAUUUGAGGUCACAAAUGCGCAUCACAAAUUUUCAGACGGAUGCGUUUUCGAUAUGGGGAGGGGGGAUUUUUCCUUUUGAUAGCCGGGCGCUGGGGGACGACCACGACCACGACGGGGGAAUUAUGAUCUUCGUGGCUGUAGUCCCUCCUUCGCGCGAAUGAACGAGAACAACGUCGCAGAGGGGGAAAAAGAUGAGGAAGGCCACGCCGAGGACCAGGGAGAUGACCUGGCGACGCGCAAUAAUUCUACGACUUCUACGCCAAGUAGUGGGAAGAACAGAAGUAAAAGUUCUGCCUUGGGAGAUAAUAGAGCAGCUUUAUCAAAAUCAAAAACUGAUCUGAUAAGUACGCAACAUCUCGGGCAGCCGGCGAAUCCGCUGCCAAAAGCGUCGACGAGCUUUGCCAUCCAGCCCCGCCCGGACUUCCAACACUUGGUGAACCAGGAAGAUAUGCCUUGCAAAAGUAUAAUCGCACUAGCGCAAAUUUCAAUUCGAAUUUCACGAGAGGAAAAAUGCAAUUUGUCAUGCUGGAAGAUAAGGUGGAUUUGCAUUUGUCGUGCGUGACUGCAGCAAUUUCAAUAUACGAGUGCGAUAAGUACAACUUUUGCACAGGAUAGAAGAAACCAACGAGCAACUGUUCGACCGGGACGUGUCUGUUCCGCACUUGAUGCGGCAGGUCGGCCAGGCCACUGAGUUCCCACGGCAGAAGUCCCGCCGCAUUCCGGAGAAGAAAAACCUGUUCCGUGAAAUCCAGGAACAGAGUUACGAGGUGCUUCCCGAAGACCACUUUACCAAACAAGACGCCGACCGGUUGGAAGCGUUCGCGGUGCCGGAAAUUUUUCCAGGAAUGAGUUCCGCCACGUCUUCAACUGCGUCCAUGACGUUUAUGGCUAGGAAGAAGAUGAACUACCGAAAGGAGGAGCAACCAGUAUCUGCUUCAACAUCGGGGGUGUUGAAUUCCACCGAGCAAGAGCAUGAUGGGCAUCAUCAGCUAAAAGACCACCACCGUGCCCGCGCGGAGAUGGAGUACGAGAAUUUCUCGGUAAGCGAAAAGAAACAGAUGUUGGAUGAAAAGAUCAAGAUGCUCAACGAAUCUCUAGAAAGAAGGGAGCAUUUAGCGGAAAUGCCAGGGCAAAUGCAGAUGGAACGGGUAGGCAAAGUGAAAAAAGUGGGCUGUGUAGUAUUCGUGGCAGUUUUUCCUUUCCUCGCAGCAGUAGAGGAAUCCGAUUCCAUACUACUAUAGUUCGUCUGCAUGACGAAAAGAAGAAAAACCUUGCUGCAUGCACAGCUACCAAGUGACAUCACACAUCGUCGUGCAGUUACCUUUACGAUGCGUCUGCAGCGUAGUUGCAAGACCAAGAGUAGAACGAGCUGUCAGGUAGUAUACACCAGCAUACAACCGCGCAAUAGAAAUGCGCACUACCAGCCUCACUUUUUUUCUUCCAUAGCGGGUUUUGCUGGAUCAACUGCUGGCAACAAGGGUAGCGUAUCCCAGAGAAAAAAGCCAGCAUGUCAUCAAAUUUGUAUAUGCUACAGAUACACUCUGUUACACGAAUGCCAUGCUACUGGCCCGCCCGCCCAUGGCAGAUAUUCAUUUUUCUGUAGCCUAUUUUUGCAUUACAAAUUUGCUGUGCUAGUUUUUUUUCUGUGUGAUAUAGCAAUGGACGAGGCCGGAGUGGUGGCGGAGCAAGAGGGGAAGUUAAAAAUGGAGCAGGAAAGCAGGAGAAAAGAUGCAAAGAAGAUGAAAGACGUCGCUCUUGCUGCAGACGGAGACGCAACUGCUUUUGCAUCAUCGGUUGGAGAAGAAACAGAAGCUGGAUAGUGUGACUAAGUAUUUACAUUUAGUCGGAAUAAAGAGCAAACAAUAACGAAUGACAAACCGACCGUAGUUGCGCAGCAAUAAUCUCUAUCGUAUACAGCCUGAAGUCGGUGAGUGACACGGACAAUGACUGAUAAGGACUGUGCUUUAGUUAUCGUAACUGAGGCACCACAGACAAAGCGACAGCACUCAUUGCUGAUUUUACCGCGAGGAGAUUGUGUGUUGUUCGUCUUCGUCUUGGUCUUCGUAGAAAAAAACGGAAGGGAG